AUGGAAUGCAAUUUGAUGUCUGAUGUGGCAGUGUUAUUAUCAGAACCAGAUUAUGCAAAACACUUCCUGCAAAGACUGAAUGAACAGAGAAAAGAGAAUGUGUUUACUGAUAUCACACUGUGUGCUGGCAGUGAGCAAUAUCCAUGUCACCAAGCUGUCUUGGCAAGCUGUAGUCCAGUUUGUGCAGAGACAUUCAAAAGUCAACCCAAUAUAAUCUCACUAGAGAUUCAUGAUGUUGAUGCCGAUAUGCUCAAGCUGUUCAUUGAUUUUACUUACUGCGGUGAAUUGAGAAUGCCUAUCAAGGAUGUUAAAAAGCUCAAAAAUGUUGCAGAUCACUUUGAAGUGGUUUCCUUGGGUAAAAGUUGUGAAAAAAUAAUCAACGAAAUGCAAGAGAAACAAGAUUUACAAACAUCUGUGCAUGGGCCCGAGGAAUUGACAUGGAACAACCAAGUAAAUGUGAGUGAUCAAAAUGAUUAUGAUCAUGAAGAUCAGAAUUGCAAGCAAAUGAUCACUGAUAGCAAAGAAGAUAUGAACAUGGUUUGUGAAAGAACCAGCAGCCAAAACACUGGUGAAUCAACUCUCAGCUUUGAAGGUGUUGAUGUAAGAAGUAAUAAUGAAGGACUGGUAAACUCCGAAACAGAGGGGAAUGUCUUUAUGAAUACAUACAAUCCACAUGCAAAUGGCGAGAGUUCAGAUGAAGAUGGUGAGGUAGCUGAUGGGACUGCCAGUAGCGGUGAAUAUUGUGAGAGUAAUAUCACUUUGAUAGACACAAGUCAAAAGGAUGAAACUCAGAAAACAAUAAAAUCCAUUGGUUUAAAAGCAGCACGUAGACGGAAACACAGAUGUAGUAUUUGCUUCAAGUUUUUUAAUGCAUUAAGCACAUUAAAUGUACAUGUUAAAAAUUGCCAUAAUGACCAAUCUUGGAAAUGCAAUGUUUGUGAUACGAGUUUUCCACGGAAAGCAAAACUUCAACACCACAAAUACAGGCUUCACUGCAAGCAAAAAUGUCAGCAUUGUGACAAGGAGUUUGACAGUCUAAAACAUCUAUCAACAAAUAAAGACGCAAAAGGAAUAUUACUGUAUGAAUGUGAUGGAUGCAAUGGAUAUUUUGAACCACAAGUAACAUCACCAUUCAAUUGUAAAAUGUGUUGGAAAUCAUUUGGAUAUAUGGCAGAACUCAAAUUGCACCAAAUCACACACAGUAAACGACGACAAGAGCUUGAUAUUGAUCAUUCUGAAGGUGAGAGGGAAUUAAAAUCAUACCAAUGCCAGCAAUGUGAUAUAGUUUUUAAAAAUGCAAAGACAUUAAAUGGCCAUGUACGAAAUUGUCAUAGCAACCAAACUUGGAAAUGCAAUAUUUGUGAUACGAGUUAUCCACGAAAAGCAAAACUUCAACAACACAAUUAUAGACAUCACUGCAAGCAGAAAUGUCAGCACUGUGACAAGCAGUUUGAUUGUCUCAAGCGCUUGACAACACAGGACGAUGGAACAGGAAAACUACAGUAUCAAUGUGAUGGAUGUAAUGAGUAUUUUGAACCCCAAGAAACCUCACCAUUCAAUUGUCAAAUUUGCUGGAAGUCAUUUACAUGCAAGACCGAACUCAAAAUACACAUAAAUAUGCACAAGUCUGCAGGUAUUGAAAAUGAAUCUCAUGUCAAUUAUGAAUCUAGAAAUAGUGAAGCACAGGCAAACCAAUACAAAUGCAUCACCUGUGACAAAGGCUUCCAAAAUACAUAUGCAUUAAAUGGCCAUAUAUAUAAUUGCCAUAGCGAUCUGACUUGGAAAUGCAGCAUUUGUGAUAAAAGAUAUCCUGGCAAAAUAAAGCUACAGCAACAUAAAUACAGACAACACUGCAAACAAAGCUGCAUCCAUUGCGACAAAAAAUUUGACAGUCUUAAAACACUAUCAACACAUACAGAUGCAAUGGGGAAACUACAGUAUCAAUGUGAUGGAUGCAAUGGGUAUUUUGAAUCUCAAGAGACAUCACCAUUCAAUUGCAAAUUCUGUUGGAAAUCACUUGGACAUAGCUAUGAUCUCAGACUGCACGAGAACACUCACACAGGUUUGGAACCUCAACCUGGCAGUGUCAAAUGUGAGGAGUGCGGAGAAAUAUUUGCAACACGAAUUCUGCGAAAUGAACAUCACAUCAAUGACCAUAAAACUACAAAAUAUAGAUGCGAAUUGUGUGGGAAAGAAUUCAGCAGAAGAACCUGUCAUAUCGCCCAUGUCAAAAAACACAAGUACCAAAAAGCUUACACAUGCCCCGUUUGUAACAAAGUGUUUUUACGCAAAGAUACUUUCCAAGAGCAUUGUUUGAUACACACGAAAAGAAAACCUGUUCUGUGUCACGUGUGUGGCGGUUUCUUCAAAAGUGAGAAAACAUUGAAAUUGCACCAACGACAACAUCGUGAUCCAACUAAGGUUAGCAAGCACCAAUGCUCUGAUUGCGGUAAAUUGCUCACAACUGUUGGUAACCUGAAGAAACAUCAAAGAUCCGUGCAUGAGAAAAUAAAGCAUUUGUGUCAUAUUUGUGGGAAAGCUUAUACAUCAAAACAGAUGGUACAAACACACAUGCGAACUAUGCACACUGAACCGGAUGCAAGGCCAUACAGUUGCCAAAUCUGUGAUAAGACUUUUAAAACUCGUGCAGCUAUGGGGGUGCAUGUUAGAAUCGUUCAUCAACAGGAGCGAAAUCAUCAUUGUCCUGUUUGUGGUAAAGCUUUUUUCACUACAAAUAAAGUAAAGAGACAUUUACAGAUGCACAAAUGA